AUGCUUCCAUAUGGUUUUCAAAGAAAUAACAGGUUGAUUGGUGUUGAUUGUUAUAAAAGAAGAUUUAAAUAAAAAAUCAAAUUUUUAUCAAGAAUGGCAGCUAAUAAGUUUUGGAAAAAGACAGAAUUAACUAAUUUGGAAUAAUAAGUUGGUGUUGCAUUGACUUAAAUUGAGUAAUCACUAGCUGAUGCUAAGAAUCUUAAACUAUCAUCAGUGGUUGAUUACACAGCUAAAAUUAAUGCCAAGAAGUAGGUCUAUUUGGUAUACAUUCCUCAUCCCUGCUUAUCCGUUUUCAAUAAAGUUAGCUCAAAAUUAUUACCAGAAUUAGAAAAGAGACUCAAAGCAACUAUUCUUGUUGUUGCCAAAAGAACAAUCGAAAGCAAAUGGGUCAAGAGUCACAGAUCAUAAACAAGACCAAAUUCAAGAACCCUCACCUCAGUCUAUGAUUCAAUUCUUGAAGACCUUGUUGCACCAACAUUCAUCUUAGGAAGAAGAACAAGAGUCAGAGUUGACGGCACAAAAUUCUAUAGAAUCUUCUUGGAUGAAUAAGACUAAGCAGAAUUAGAACCCAGACUUGAUGCCAUUAAAGCUGUCUAUAAAUUAUUAACAACUAGAGAUUUAGAAUUUGAAUUUAGAAGAGACGACGUUUUCUAUUCAAAAAAAGGUGCAACCAAGAAAGUAUAAAGAAAAUAAUGAGCAUUAAUAAUUUAGUACAAUACAAUAACACAUGAAAUAAUAGUAAUUUCCUAA